GGGUGAUGGUAUUCUUGGACUGAUCUGUCCAGUGGUGCUCAUUUAAGAUUUGCAGGAUGUAUGCAUCCUUAUUCUGUCUCUUAUUUUGUUAAACCACAGCUGACUCUCCCCAUAUUCCUUUAUUUUCUCCCUCCAUGUCAUGCGUAAACGUGUGCGCUUCCAGAAUACAUUCAAGUCCCUCCCAGACAGAAGCUGCUGCUGCUCAGUCAGGCUGUUAUCCUCCUGGAGCUGUCAUUCAGUCAGGGAGAAGUUCAUCUCCAUCUCCAUCCUGUAGAUUUUAACCACCAGCUUUUGGGCACAUCACCAUAAUACUGUCGGGAUUUAUUGCGCAUCUCGUAAUGAUUGCAUCAACGUUUGAAAGACCGGAUCAACACUAGAAAACCCGCGUUACGCACGAGUUAAAAACCCCGCACCCCACGCAGGAUGAAGGUUACCUUUGGCGCUCUGGUGAUCACAGCCGGCAUCUGCGGUCUUCUGAGCUUCGGGUCUUUGGCGGCUUCCCUCGGAACCGAGUAUUGGUACAUCAUCCAGAUGAAUCCUUUGAACAUGAGCGACUUUGAGGACAUGAGCUCCCACUCGGGACUGUGGAGCAUCCACGAAGGUGGGAAGAUGAACGCAGACUCUAUUGGCUCUUUCACAGCUGACUACUCCAGGUACUCUGAGACUGAGCUGCGCAUGCUGAGCAUGCACAGUGCAAUAGUGGUGGUGCUCCCCUUCAGCCUGGUCAUGCUGCUGUUUGGUGGCAUCUGUGGAUUGGUCAGCUCACUGGCUCGCAGCCCCUUCCUCCUCACCGGCACGGCUUCCUAUUUCCUCACCUGCAGUCUGCUGACCUUGUGUGGCGUGACCCUCUACAUCAUUUACUCGAACCAGGCCCUGGCUGAGACGGAGAGGCUGGUGGGGCCCGAGGGUCUGUCCUAUAUUCACACCUCCUUCGGCUGGUCUCUGGGUCUGGCCUGGCUCUCCUACGGCCUGGAGCUCCUCACCGGCGUGCUGCUGCUCGUGGCCGCACGCAUGAUCAAGCUGCGUGACACGAGCCUCCACGUUGGAUCCAAAACCUUCAGGAUGGAGGAUUGAACUGUACUGAGCUGCAUGUGUUGCUGGCAUGUGGUUCUUCUGCCUUAGGACAAGGUAACAAAACAAUAGCUGGACACCAUUUAAGGCUUUCACAAAAUACAAAGUGUUGAACUAAAGAUGUUUUGGACUGUUUUAAAAGGGGGUUUUAUAAGUUUAAUGCCCUUAAAUCGGUUGAUGAUUUAGAGUAAAUAAAGUGGUGGACUAAAGGUGUGUUAAAUUUGACCAAGUGCGCCCUCUUGUGGUCUGAAUUGAGGUGGCUCCAUGUUAUCCACUGUCCGUGCACCUCAUACUGUAGAAAUGUAAUCCGUGCCAAACUAAACUGAAGAGCUCACAAUUUAAAAUCAUUUCACGUUACAUAAGAUGUUUUAUUCUCACAACAUUUCAUAUUGUCUAUAUAUAAUCUUAACUUGAUGUAAGCUGUAUCUGUUUGUUGCUUUUGAAUGUUUACAGUGUUAUAACACCAUUAGUCAAACCUAAAAGUGUUGUAUAUAUAAUGACAUGUUAGUUACAUCUUUUUCUAUAGAAAAUGUGUAAUAAAUAUUUGUUCCAUGA